GUCAUAUUUUUGAAACAAAUUCAAUCAAUUUUUUUAUCUUAACCGGCUGUAUAAAUCACUAUAUGUAUAUACAUAUGUUCACUGUGAUACAGAUGGUGAUUUAUCUAUAAGGUAUGUUCAAUAAUUGACAAUAAAUGCACAUAAAAAUCGCAUACGCCUUUGCAAAAUUUACUUUUCUUUUAAAAAUACUAAAUUAUUCUUGAUUGUUGGAUGGUUUUUAUAAAUUGGAAAAUCCUAAAAAGACCAUCGUUGUUAUAAUAUUGUUUCGUAAUAUUGCCAAAUAUUUCCGCUGAACUUGAGUGAUUUCUCUGUGGAUAAUAUAAUUUUUAAACUCAAUGCAUUUAAGGUAUAACUGUAGAUGCCGCUAAUGCGCAGCUGAAUAGCUGAAAAGACGAUUGUCAAAAAAUUAUCGAUCAAAGUGUGGCAGUGGAAUAAUUCCAAUUUCGGCCAGAAGUUAAUCAGUCGCCAAAUUUUUAGUGAAUAAUAUUAAAAAAGAAAAUGUUCCAAAACAGUGCCGCUCGUCUUUUGGUUCCAGCUAUCCGAAAUGGAUUGCAAAGCCGUUGCCAAUCUGUCAUUGCUGGACCACCAAUAAACAAGGUGUCUACAGCCGAAAAAAUCAUCUUGGGUGGAGGAAUGUGCGUGUCGUUGCUCGUUGUACCGGCGUGGGUGUUGCUCCAUUUGAAGGAAUAUAAAGGUGGCAAGUAAAUUCAGCACCACAUUGGAAGAAUUGCUUUCAGUACAUAAUAAAAUUUAAAGUUUUUGUGAAGUUGUAAAGUAAAAGCAUUAAAAUAUACAAUCGCUUAUAAUUUAAA